CACAGAAAAAAUACUUCUGCUUAUUACAAAAACACACAUAUGCUGAUAUCUUCAUUUUUUCCCUUUUCAGGUAGUAUUCAAUAACGUAAUGGCAGUAUGCCAUAGAUGCUGGCAGAGAGCCAAUAAUAAUGACGGUGGACAACUACGUCUUGAGAACGCUCCCAUUGUAGAAGAUGCUGACAAUCAAGAACCCCCCAAUGUUGCUGAAGCCCGCAAUGUUGCUGAAGCCCCCAAUGUUGCUGAAGCUCCCAAUGUUGCUGAAGCUCCCAAUGUUGCUGAAGCCCCCAAUGUUGCUGAAGCCCCCAAUGAUCCUCAGGACAAUCCAGAGGAUGAUGCUCGUUUCUAUGUUCGCGAUUACGUACGUGCACCGAACACUUCACGGCUCUGUAUGUAUAGGCAAUGUAGACAUGAAAAUCUACGACGAGUUCCUGUGUCUAUCAAGCUACAUUUGGUAUGUCAUUAUCGAUUAUAUAUUCCACCGAGUUCGCGAAUAUGUGAAGAACAUUUAAAUAACUAUGAUUUUGAAGAGUUACUGGAUAAUGUAAAUGUUACACAUUAUUUUAAUGCUUCAUUUUUUAGUAACAUGACAAACAUGUUAAUUGAAGCAAUCAACAAUAGGACAAGAUUCGAUUUUGAAACAUUAUCUUCACUGAAUAAUAGUGAACUUAUGUUUUGGACUGGAUUCACUUUAGAGCAGUUCAACGUCAUUUUGGAAGAAACGCCAUCGCUCGUAGAAAAAUGCAGACAUCCCCGAUCAGUUCUCGGAGCUUAUUUAACGAAAAUACGAACUGGAGAACCUAACGAGCGACUAGCUACGCUUUUCGGCGUAACACGUCAAGUGUUUGAAUAUCGCCUAAAAAUAGCGCGACAAUGCUUGACAAGUCAAUAUGUACCAAGACAUCUUGUAAGCAGCGAUGGAUAUAUCAUAGAUGUCAUAGGCCCUUUUCCUGCAACAACAUCAGAUGCAACUAUUAUGCAGAACAUAAUGAAUGACGAUGAGCACUUACUACAUUGGUUACUACACAGAGAGGACGUCUUUAUUUUGGACAGGGGCUUCAGGGACAGUAUUAAUGAUAUUGAGUCCCUUGGCUAUGAACCUCACAUGCCACCUACCAAGGACAGGAACGCGACCCAGCUAUCAACAGAAAAGGCAAAUGAUUCUCGCGGCAAUGUUAUCGACUAUUAUAAUAGAUGA